AUGUCUGACCAAGACUCAGCACCGCCGACUUCGCCUUUCAUCCCCAAUGACCCCGAGGAGAAAAUCGCCAUGGCUUCGCGUCACGAUAGCAUGCUGUCUGAGCAAGGCCUGGAAGUCGCAGAAUUGAGAGUGAGAGUCGCCGAACUUGAAAGUUCUUCGGCUCUGGCUACGAACAUGCAUAACGAAGUUUCUCACGAACUCCAAUUCUACAAGAACGAAGUAGCAAAGAAGAAAGAUGAGAUCUAUGACAUGACCAGUGCGUCCAAUAAACAGUCCAGAGACUUCAAAGCCCUCGAGACCAAAAUGGCCAAAUUGAGAGAAGACAGUGAGCAGAAGGUUCGCAAGAUGGAAAAAGAACUUGACCAUGAGAAAGCGACGAAGAAGCGGACCAAGGAGGACCAAGAAGCAACAAACGUGAUUGCCCAGCUACAGACUGAACUCGGUGCCAAGGAUGUCAGGAUUGAUCAGCUGGAAGCUCGAUUAACCAAAAUCAAGGCUCCUCGUGAUAACGCGUACCGCGGGGUCCAAAGUUCGCUAACAAACCGCCGCUCCACAGGUAUGCAUCACGAGCACGGCUGCGAGGAGUACCAAAAACUUAUAUCCCAGCAGCUUGUGGAUGCUCAAGAGUUACUGGCCGCCGCCGAAGCAGAAGCAGAAGGACUUCGCCAUCUUGCGAAGGCUAACGCAGAUCUGGCUGAUGGCCAUGCUACGGAUCUUGAAUGUAUCUGGGAACUAAGAGAUGAGAAUGAGCGAUACCGCGUGGAAGUUAGGCAUCUCAAAGAAGUCAUUGGUAGCAUACGCGCCGAACAGCAUUUUGCUUCUAGCGACUUUCACGACAUCGAUCUCGACGACCAAGCCACCCAAACUCUUUCCCUUUCACCAUUGACGAACUGCUGUCUGACUCCCGUCGCUCCUCAAGACAACAAAGUCGAGAUUGCUGGGAAUGUGCAGCAGCUACGUGCCCUGGAGCUGGAGACUGAACGCUUGACCUCAGAAAAUCACAGCCUUUCGCCUGAGUGCACCGAGCUGGAGUCAAAGCUGGUGUCUGUCAUAUCCACGCUGAAGGCUCUGGAUGAGGAACAACAGACAAGGAACAGAUGUACACUGACUGUCUCCGCACAGAACGUUUCGACUUCUCCACGCACGCCAAUUGUCGAAAACAAAUCAGUAAUCAACCCUGACAUGCUAGCUGGACUGGAAGACCUCGGUAAGUCCAUCAUCAAUCUCAGCGACCCACCGUUCAAGACAACCGCUCUUGCUGCUAACACGCGAGCUACACCCGACCUACCCAAUGUGGCCUUAACGAUUAAUAUCAAACCAAGCAACAAGCGCAACUACUCUUUGUUCCAGCGCGUCAAAAGCGCCAUCUCUUCGACUUCCAAGAUCGACAUUAAAGGGCCUAAAGAGGUCGCCAAUCAAUUCAUGGCCCUCAUGGAGGAUGUCGAAAAAGACCAUGCGGAGAAGACUAACCGUGUCAUCGAGCUGGAAAAUACUGCUCAGCAACUACGUGCCAAUGCCGCGAUUCUGGAAGCACAACUUCGUAGCAAAGGCAAGUGCUCAGAUCCCAUGCAUCGCACGUUGGCCGACGAGCUUGCGGCCAAAAACGAGCAGUUUGCUAUGCAGGAACAGCUUUUGGCUACGUUUCGGCACAGCAAUGUAGCAUAG